UUUGAUUUUGCCUGUCACUUCAGAUUUCCGUGCAAAUAGAAUCGGGCGAAAUCAGCACCCGUGUGUACGACAGGCAUGAAAAAUCGCUGUUUGAAGUGAAAUAAGGGGUUACUAUCACUACAGAGUGGGCCGAGGAUGGAGGAGGAGCCAUACCCACGGCAGAUGGGGGACGCAUCCUCCCAUGCUGUCAAACUUCAGCAACACUUGUAUGAUCAGAUGCUAGCACAGUCAGACUUCUGUGAUGUCACUCUGUCUUUCAGUGGAGUUGAAAUGAAGGCUCACUGGUGUGUUCUUGUGUCAUGUCCGUACUUCCAGUCCUUGUAUAACAGUGGUAUGACAGAAAAACAAGCAGGGAAAAUUUAUAUCAGCAUUGGUAAAGUAGCAGCAGUAAGAACAGCUAUCACAUUCCUGUAUACGGGUACACUACAGCUCACUUAUGGUGCGGUGAAAGAUAUCCUAGAGGUCGCCGACUACCUGCAGAUAGAUGACCUUAAAUCGGCAUGCACCAGCUACUUAAUGGCCGUCGAUGUAAAUGUCAGUAACUGUGUUCACCUUUGCCUUCUUGCUAGUCUUUAUGACCUUGACAUUUACAACAAGGUGUUUGACUACAUUCGGGGACACUUACCUGAAGUUAUGAAACAUGAGGACACUCUUAGUUUGACUGCUGACUCAAUAUUAGAAAUGUUGCGGGAUAAAUCCCUCAAUUAUGUGCCGGUAACAGACUUUUACAAAUUCAUUAUCAAAUGGGUAGAACAUGACAAAAAGAACAGAGAAUGUCAUUUUGAGAGCUUGUUUUGUGAGCUAGAUCUCAAAAGGGUGCCAAAAGAAUACCUGGAAAGUACUGUUGAAACAUCGCCGCUGGUAGUUAGUUCAGAUAAAUGUAAAGUUCAUGUUUUGAAUGUUAAGAUGAAGCAUAUGGCUGGAUUGUUGCCUAAUGAAGCCAACAGUGAUGUUAUUCUAGUAGUAGGAGGUUGUGGAAUAGGUCAACUCUUCCAUUCUUUCUUUGCUGUUCCAUUUCUACCAAUAUCUGACAUUAUCUCCAUAAAUCAUGUGUAUGGUUAUGUUAUCAGUGAGAACAGGUGGACAGAGUUAGCUCCCCUUCCAUUCUCAAUGCGGCGCCCCCUAGUGGCAUUCUGUAACAACACAAACAGUCUGUAUGUAUAUGAUGCAAGCACUGGUAAUAUAAUUGAUGACAAUGAAGCUUUCAUGUUUAAAUAUUGCGUCACUGAGAAGUCUUGGACAACAAUACACAUGACUUUUCUGGAACCGUUUCGUGACAUUACAAUCCAGCAUAUUCUGAUGGUAAAUAAAAAAAUGUACAUAAUAGCUUCGGGAAGAUCUGUUGGAGCAAAGAGCGGGACCGAACCACAGUGGAUGGUUUAUUUGUUCAGUGUAUCAACAGAUAUGCAGAACUGCAAUGUUUUGAUUCCACUCUGUGCUAGAAAUAUGAAAACUGAGGUAUCAACAUGCAUUGUAGAGGAUAGAUAUAUUGCUGUGCUUUGCUCAAAAUGUGGUGUGCAAGGGUCUAGUCGUCACAAAACAAGGAACGUCAGAUUCUUUUUAAUAGACACAAGAACUUUGAAACAGCAAGAGCAUUCUAGAGGUGUGAAACAUGAGCCUUAUAUGUUUGCCAUCAAGAACGAAGUAUUGCUAACGAAACAAGGUUGUUACCGGUAUCAGAAAUUUGACAUCAACACACGGAGGUGGACAUCUGGCAAGGACAUUCUUAUUCCACAUCCACUGGAAGAACCGUCUAGAUCCGACUUCAUAUAUUUGACUUACCAGAAUGAACUUUUUGUGUUUGGAGGAAAGAGUGGCAAAAGUUUGCUCACUAGCGCGUGUAAAUAUGACCUUGAACAUAGAAAGUGGGAAACCCUUCAGGACGCACCAAAGGCAAUUACAAACAGUGGUGUCGUUGUGGCCACGAUCCCAUCCCAUCUUGUAAGAUGUUAUAUCGAUUGCCCCCAUUGUAAGUUUGUAAGCGUUCGGAGCCAGGCAACUUACCAGAUUGACUAUCCGGAUGACGAUCCAGAAGAGGAUGAAGACCUGUCGUACGACGAUGAGGACGUAUACUCGGAUUAUUGGGAGAAUGAAAUGUAUGACGAAUAUGGGAACAUUCCAGAUUUUGACUGGUUCUGAUCUUGGCAUUAAGUGUGCGCAGAAAAUGAAUGUGUUUAAAACUUUAUGGUACCAGUUUUGAUACUUAGGACUGAUAUAAAAUUUAACUUUUCAUGCUAUUUUAAUAUGACUUGUUUAUGUUUGCUUUACAUUGUUAUGUUUUGAAUCACAAUAUGUCCUGCCCCCUAAACCAUGUUUGGUUUGAAAACUCAAAAUUUUUGGAGUAUCGUUUUGCACCAUAGCUUUUUAAUUUGCUAACUUUUGACAAUGCAUUUUAUAUUUUUACCCAUUUUUAGAAGGCAGUUGGAAGGCGAUACAUGUCCUCUAAUUAACUAAAAUAUUAUUCUUUGGAACUAUAACAAAUUAUAAAGUUAUAUAUGAACAGAAAUAUGAUAUCCUUGUCUUGAGCAGGAACCAGGCAGUUCUACAUGAUUAUGAAAAUGACAGUUUGGACCAGUAUGCCUGGAGUAAUCGCCUGAAACUUCUGUUUUAAACUUCAUCAAACCUUGUCUGGACCAUAACUUUAAACUGUUUAAGGGAUUUUGUUACACCUUCAUACAAUGAACAGAAGAUAUUGAGAGAUAGUCAGUUUACAAAAAUCCUAACUCUACCUUGCUUAUUUUUUCUGCCCCCGGCAUCUACUGAUGCGGGAGGCAUAUAGUGAUUGUCCUGUCCGUUCGUUCGUUCGUCCGUCUAUCCGUACAAGGUUAACCAAAUGGGACCGUUUCGUCUAGCAUCAAUACCCCUUACUAGAAUGACUUGAUACUAAUGCAGAUGUAACCUGUGACCAUUUCUCAUCUUCAGACAUCACCUGACCUCAGUUUGACCUUGACCUUGAACUUGACCACGUUUUGGACUUUGGUUGCUUUGUAUCGACAAGGAUGCCACCGGACCGGGGGCAUCAAGCGUUUAUUGAACGCAGCUCCUUGUUCAAAUUAUCUCCUUUUAUUAAAGUCAGUUGUCUUUUAUUCAAACUGCAUGUAGAGGACAUUGUGUACUAGAACCAUAACUCUGCCUUGCAUACUCGGAUAUUGUUUGAAUUAUCUCCCUUUUAUUCACUUGCCACACUAUUCUGCAGAAUAACUCCAAAAUUGUCAUAGGGAUAUUUUUGUUGAAAUUUUACGCAGUAAUAGAAGACAUUGAAUAGAAGUGUGGUAUAACUCUGACCUCUAUCUUUUGUACUUUUUGAAUCGUCUACCUUAUUAAAAAUUUACUGUCAUUAAGUUUAAAGUUUGUAGUUAUUUAUCAUGUUUGUCUUGAGAAUAACUCCAAAAUUAUCAAAUAGACUUAGUUGAAUUUUCUUAGAAUGAAAAAGUUCAGUGAAAGGAAAUGCAUUGUGCCAGAACAAUAGCUCUACCAUGCAUACUGUUUUAAUUAUCUCCCUUUAUUGAAUUAAGUUAUUAUACUUGUCUGAAUACUGUUCAUAGCCAGACUAAAUUGUUCUAGGUAUUAAGUUGAUAUUUCACCCAAUGAUAAAGGAUGUUGAGAAGAGAUGCAAUCUGCAGGAAACACCUUGUACAGGAUUAUUUCUCUUUGUUAUUUUAGUCAAACAUGGCUCUUGAUAAUGAAUUUUCUUGCACCAUAUUUUUAUGCCCCCGAAGGGAGGCAUAUAGUUUUUUAACCGUCUGUCAGUCUGUCGGUAAUUUUAGUGUCCGGUCCAUAUCUUUGUCAUCCAUAGUUGGAUUUUCAAAUAACUAGGCAUGAAUGUGUACCACAGUAAGACGACGUGUCGCGCACAAGACCCAGAUCCGUAGCUCAAAGGUCAAGGUCACACUUAGACGUUAAAGGUCAUUUUUAGCUCACCUGUCACAAAGUGACAAGGUGAGCUUUUGUGAUCACGCGGUGUCCGUCGUCCGUCCGUGCGUGCGUCAGUCCCGUAAACUUUUGCUUGUGACCACUCUAGAGGUCACAUUUUUCAUGGGAUCUUUAUGAAAGUUGGUCAGAAUGUUCACCUUGAUGAUAUCUAGGUCAAGUUCGAAACUGGGUCACGUGCCAUCAAAAACUAGGUCAGUAGGUCUAAAAAUAGAAAAACCUUGUGACCUCUCUAGAGGCCAAAUAUUUCAUAAGAUCUUCAUGAAAAUUGGUCAGAACGUUCACCUUGAUGAUAUCUAGGUCAAGUUCGAAACUGGGUCACGUGCCUUCAAAAACUAGGUCAGUAGGUCAAAUAAUAGAAAAACCUUGUGACCUCUCUAAAGGCCAUAUUUUUCAUGGGAUCUGUAUGAAAGUUGGUCUGAAUGUUCAUCUUGAUGAUAUCUAGGUCAAGUUCGAAACUGGGUCACGUGCAGUCAAAAACUAGGUCAGUAGGUCUAAAAAUAGAAAAACCUUGUGACCUCUCUAGAGGCCAUAUUUUUCAUGAGAUCUUCAUGAAAAUUAGUGAGAAUGUUUACCUUGAUGAUAUCUAGGUAAAGUUCAAAACAGGGUCACAUACCUUUGAAAACUAGGUCAAUAGGUCAAAUAAUAGAAAAAGCCUUGUGACCUCUCUAGAGACCAUAUUUUUCAAUGGAUCUUCAUGAAAAUUGGUCAGAAUUUUUAUCUUGAUAAUAUCUAGGUCAAGUUCAAAACUGGGUCACAUGAGCUUAAGAACUAGAUCACUAUGUCAAAUAAUAGAAAAAACGACGUCAUACUCAAAACUGGGUCAUGUGGGAAGAGGUGAGCGAUUCAGGACCAUCAUGGUCCUCUUGUUUCAUGAUAGUGCAUUGAUGGGCGUGUCCGGUCCAUAUCUUUGUCAUCCAUGGAUGGAUUUUCAAAUAGCUUGGCAUGAAUGUGUACCACAGUAAGACGACGUGUCGCGCGCAAGACCCAGGUCCGUAGCUCAAAGGUCAAGGUCACACUUAGACGUUAAAGGUCAUAUUUCAUGAUAGUGCAUUGAUGGGCCUGUCCGGUCCAUAUCUUUGUCAUUCAUGCAUGGAUUUUAAAAUUAUUGGGCAUGAAUGUGUACCACAGUUCCGAAUACAUAUUAUCUCGACUUGUCUGCUUUGUUACAUAGUUAAUAAAAAAACUGUUCUGGCUAUUUUUGCCAGAUCACAUGCUUGUAUUAUGUAUAAUUCAAUUUUACUUCAGAAUUAAAAACAUUAGUGUAAAGAUUG